AAGAGCAGUAUCAUAUAAGGCACAAUGCAAGCUGCAGCAUUAGAUUCAUCAUCAGCAGAAUAUGCUACACUGAAAGAGAUGUUAUACAAUCUUGUUGACAGUGUAGUUGGCCAUGCUCCUGUUAUUGAUCGUCUAAAUGGUUAUCUAUUGUCAAAAAACUUAAUUCCUGAAGCAGUGUAUUUUGCAGUUCUAACUCCAGGAAUUACUGCGGAUCAGAAAUGUCAUAAAAUGUUUAGUUCAGUAAUGGUGAAUAUUAAAGACAAUCCUAGUAACUUUUCUUUAUUAAUUAAAGGACUGAAAAAAGAAGGACUACAUGAUGUUGCCACUAAACUAUCGGACAAGCUACAAAGUAUAAAACUAUCAAAAGAAAAAGGACGAGACAAUAGUUUAUAUAAUGAAGACAUUCACUCGAUUUCAGAAUCAAGCAGCACUGAAAAAUUGGAUAAUGAAGAAUCCAUGAAGUCAUCUGAUGAUGAUUUAGAAUUCCUUCCCUUUCCAAUAGUACCCAUACCACCAGACCUUUCUUAUACUACAAUUGGGAAGAUGACAGAGGGUUUAGAACGUCUUAACAUUAAUGUAGCAGCUGCAAUUUUGCUUCAUCAAAAUUUAAGUAGUGCUUCUGUGCAAAGUUUACCAACAGGUUUACAAUUUUAUGAGCAACUGCUUUGCUACAUAAAAUAUCAUCAAAGAGAUGAUCCUCUUGAAGCUAAAUCAGACGAUGACGAACGAAAGGAAAGCGAAGAAAAUCCUCGAGAUUUGUCUUCAGAUGAUAUCAGUCGUGCAUUUGAAUUUGGAAUUUUUUUUAUGCAUUAAUAGCCUUACUUAAGGCUGAGACAGAAACAUUGAAGGCGGCAGUUAGUUCAGAAAAGCAGCAUAAAGCAAACUUGCUACACCAUGCUGCAAGUCAUGGAUGGCUUAAUAUAAUUGAUGCACUAAUCAAACAGCAUGGCUUUGAUCCUGCAUCAACUGAUGCAAUUAAUGAAACAGCUGUUCACUAUGCUGCU